CCGUUCUAGGAAACCCGGAGGACUCAGCUCGUUAGUGAUCCUGGGGCUGAAGUGGGCCUUGGCCGAUUCACAGGGCCACUCCAGGGAGCAGCUUCGGCAGGUAACAGUGAGAGGGUGCUCAGGUAAGGAGUGGACCCACAUAAAGAAACGCUGGGAAAGGGGAGGUGGUGUGGGCAUGCGAACCACCUGUUCCUCUAGCGAAGUGGACGCACGCAGAUUGGCUGGAGUGCAGCGGUACCGGAAGUAGCCGAGGUGUCGUCAGUGAAACCAAGCAACAGCUGCGGGUUCGGUGCAAGCGGGCUGAGCAGCCGCGGGAGCCCGAGUGGAGCAACCGUGGGGCGGUAGCGGCCUGCGGUACCUGAAAUGUGCUAGGCACUGGAAAUACCGAGAUGAAAAACAUCAUUCCUGCUCAUGUUAUAAAGAAGAAAGCAUACACGAAAAUGGACUAGUAAUACAAUGAGAUUGUGAGAUGGGGACUGAGAACAAGGAGAUAAUUCCCAAGGAAGAAAUUUCUGAAGAGUCUGAGCUACAUGGGGCAAUAGAAAAACUGCCAAAGGUAGUUUAUGAGGGUCAUGAGUUUGGACCCUCAUGUGAAGAAGACUUGUUGGAGGGGCAUUCAGGAGAGUCCACAGAAGAGAUUAUAGAGCAGAUGUCUCCUCAGGAGAGAGACUUUGCAUCAGGGUUGAUUGUCUUUAAGAAAUCACCCUCAAUUGAGAAAGACCAAGAGAAUGAGAGUGUGAGAGAAUGCAGUCCCAGCCCAAAACUGAUUACACAUCAGGGAGACAUUACAGCAGAGGCAUUUGCUACCUCUGGCCAAAACAUCAUAGAGAAUUUAGAACCUAACAAAACACAGAAAAGUUCUGUGGGAGAAAAACCUCAUACAUGUAAAGAAUGUGGGAAAGCCUUUAAUCAAAAUUCACAUCUUAUCCAGCAUAUGAGAGUUCAUAGUGGAGAGAAACCCUUUGAAUGCAAAGAAUGUGGCAAAACAUUUGGAACGAACUCAAGUCUUCGCAGGCAUCUGAGAAUUCAUGCAGGAGAGAAACCUUUUGCUUGUAAUGAAUGUGGAAAGGCCUUCAUUCAGAGUUCACAUCUUAUCCACCAUCAUAGAAUUCAUACUGGAGAGAGACCUUAUAAAUGUGAAGAAUGCGGAAAAGCCUUCAGUCAGAAUUCAGCCCUUAUUCUACAUCAGAGAAUCCACACAGGAGAGAAACCAUAUGAAUGUAAUGAAUGUGGGAAGACCUUUAGGGUUAGCUCACAGCUUAUUCAGCAUCAGAGAAUUCAUACUGAAGAAAGAUAUCAUGAAUGCAAUGAGUGUGGCAAAGCCUUCAAGCAUAGCUCAGGCCUUAUCAGACACCAGAAAAUUCAUACUGGAGAAAAACCAUAUCUGUGUAACGAAUGUGGGAAAGGCUUUGGUCAGAGUUCUGAGCUUAUCCGGCAUCAAAGAAUUCAUACAGGGGACAAACCAUAUGAAUGCAAUGAAUGUGGAAAAACUUUUGGCCAGAACUCAGAGAUUAUUAGACAUAUUAGAAUUCAUACUGGUGAGAAACCCUAUGUAUGUAAGGAAUGUGGAAAGGCCUUUAGGGGGAACUCAGAACUUCUUAGGCAUGAGAGAAUUCACACUGGAGAGAAACCCUAUGAAUGCUUUGAGUGUGGAAAGGCUUUUAGGCGGACCUCCCAUCUUAUUGUCCACCAGAGAAUUCAUACUGGAGAGAAACCUCAUCAGUGUAAUGAAUGUGCAAGAACCUUCUGGGAUAACUCUGAGCUUCUUCUCCACCAAAAAAUUCACAUUGGUGAGAAACCUUAUGAAUGUAAUGAGUGUGAGAAAACAUUCAGCCAGCAUUCUCAACUUAUCAUACAUCAGAGAAUUCACACCGGAGAGAAGCCUUACGAGUGCCAAGAAUGCCAGAAGACCUUUAGUCGGAGUUCUCACCUCCUUCGACAUCAAAGUGUUCAUUGUAUGGAGUGAUUUACAAAAUAGGAAAGCUUUCUGUGGAAAAGCUGAAGUCAGACUUAAUCAUAAGCUACAUCCCAAGUUCUCAGAUCAAAUGAAUGGACACAACCUCCUCUGUCUUUCUACUGAUUUUUAUUUAAACAGUUGGUCAUAUAGGAUGAGGCACUUUUAUAAAUUAUUCACAGAAGUUUUAAUGUACUGAGUUAAAUCAUAAAAGCUGUUUCAGGCCUUAAUUCUCCUCUGUUUCUUUUUUCCCCCCAUCUUCCCCUAGUGGGUCACCUACCAUUAGGGGCCUGUGUACCAGCCAUCUAGUCUAAAUUGUUACUCUUCAAGAAAAAUGGAGGAAUGUGAUUCUACCCCAUCCUAAGAAUGAGAGUUGACUCAUUGAAUGUUAUCCCCUGGAAUCUUGGAAAGCCUUGGCCUAGAAGACAAACCUUGUUCUCCUGUCCAACAUUUAACUUUGGAAUAAUACAGUAAGCUUUUAUGAGCUUCAAAAUUUUUCAGACAUGCUAUCAAGUUCCCUUAGAAGAUGGCAGCACUAAUGAAGUGGAAAUCUCUGGGUCAUUUCAUAUCUCCUGCCAGAAGAGGGUGCCACAAUGAAGGAAACUGACAGCCAACUUACAGGAUCAUAAGUAAAGGCACUCAGAAUCUAGAGGGACUGAUGAACAAGGCCAGGGGAUGAUAAACAUGUGCGGCCAGACUACUCGGGCAAAAACAGCCAUUUAGGAGCUAUUUCAUGCUUUGGGCUGCUCAGACUGACUGCUCCCAAGAACUCUACUGCAUUUACUUUUGGCUCCAGUUCCUGCUGCUGCUGACAGAUCCUGUGUCAGGAAGUAGCGUACAGGACUGUGCAGCUUCACCGUCACCAGGCACCUGCCACAGUGAUGAGCCAGGUCAUCUGGCUGACCAGGGGCCUCCUUGCCAAAGCACUUAAUGUUUUCAUGACCUGGAUCCUACUGGACUAAUAGGCCAGGAUGUCAUGGCCUCUUCACAGGUUGCCCUUGGCCUUGGGAUCCUCUUUCUUCAUUUUUACAUGAAUUUUCUGUGUUCUAUGUUUUUCUUCUUUGAGGAAACAUCCUCAAUUUUUCAUGUGUCCAUGUUUCUGAGGCAGUGGGAGGGAGUGGGAAUUGCACUGAAGGGGAUCCAGCAGGCUUAGGUCUGGUUUUAGAACUAGACCUUAAAUUAAAGCACUUCACCUGCUGGUCCCUAAUUUUCUCAACUGUAAAAUGAGGGGAGUUGAACUAAGUGAUCUCUGAAAUUUCAACCAACCCAGUAGUUCUUUGAUUCUUUUAAAAAUCUAACUUUAUAUACCUUUAGUGUUCUAUUCUUUAAUCUCUUCUUUAUUAUACUAAUAUUAAGCACUAGUAUUUAUGAGUGUUUACUAUGUGCCAGGCACAGUGCCAGACAGUUUACAUUUUUAUUUUUACAGCAUCUCUCUGAUCUAGAUACUGUUUUUAAAAACAGCUUUAUUGAGUAUAUUUUACACACCAUAAAAUUCACUUGUUCUAAGUGUUGAAAGCUUUUUAGUUGAUUUACAGUUGCACAAUUAUCAGUGAUUAUAAAGAUGAGGAGGGGCAGGAAGGGAUGUUAAGUAACUUAUCCACUAUCACACAGCUGGUAAGUGCUAGAGCCCGAACUGCAGCCCUAAUCUGUGCUCUUAACUACUAUGCUGUGCUGGGGCUAGGUGGAUUCAUUACUGCCUUAUUUGAAAUCAUUCGCACAUUUUAUAUUAGUAAUUGCUACAUGAAUUUGAAAAUAAUGGAUUUACAUCAUGUGCUUGGGGAAAAAACUGGUCACAGCCCAAACCCACCAAGUGGGUUUAUUCUGUCCCCCAGUAGAUGAUCUCCCAGGUUCACACCCUUGGCUUGAGAAAAGGACUGAGCAAAUAAACAGUUGAUUACAGUUUUCACAUCCUUUCAGGUACUUCUGCCUCUAGCAGCCAAACUCUUAGCAGAAGUUCUUUGAUUUACCUCUUUCUGUAGGGUAAUUAUGAGUGCAGUGACUCUCAAGCUUACAUUUAAUUACACCCAGGCCAUACAUUCCACAUAAAACACAGAUGUCACCUAUCCAUGUAAUUUCUGAUUUCUGUGUUUGCAUAAUUCAUUUCCACAUUUACCCCUUACCAGCCCUUGAUAUGGAUCUCAGCACUGCCUCAAGCUCCCCAAAAAGAAUCCCCUCGCACAAACACACUCAUCAGUAAUACGGACCUUCCUGAAGAUGCUGUUGUGUAAGAGGUGUAGAAGUGGGUUCACAUCCUAUCAUUUUCUCAGAAGUCCCUUGGCCAAACUGCCACUGAAGUUCUUUCUCUUUGUCCUCCAUCUCGGAGCUCACUGGCCUCAUGCCUUUUUUCUUGUCAGAUGUUCAGUUCCUGCCCCCACAACUCAACCCCUCCCCUCCAGCUCAAGAAAAGGUCAUUCAGUUAACUUGCUUCUUGGGAUAUUCAUUAUAUCAGGCAAUUUGGUGACCGACUUGUGUUGUACCCAAGCAUAUUCAUAGGGGGCCAGGUCUCACAUUUUAUUUCAAGAAGACUUACAACGAGAAAUUCUGGUGAAAUUUUCACCUCUCUGCUCUUGUCCACCUCACCCAGUUACCUUGGGAAGAUUGCUUUCCUUGUUUGCCUCCUUCCCUCUCAGUUUACUCGGGAGUCAAAAUCUGACCGUAGUUUUGACGGGUGAUCAUAACUUUGUGCAAGUAGAAUUCUAUCAAGGGAGAGAGAAAACAUGAAUUUUCUUAAUUUUAGACCCAUUAAAAAAAAGUCUCACAAGUUCAAAGACCUGCCCAAAUACCCAGAAAUAUCCUUCAGAACUUUUGCAGCUAUGUCUGUGUAUGUUUUUAUUCUCCAAUAAAGGAGUUUUACUGUGUACUAACUUUGGAUAAGUAAAGUAUUUCUUCGCAAUUUUACUAAUUUGAUACAUUUCUAAUGUUUAUUAUUCCAAAGUACAUUGUUUCAUUAUGGUCUUAAUAUGGUAUUGUCUACUAUCUGGUUAAGUCCCCAUCCUGCACAUUUCACCCUUACCUUACCAACCUGUUGUGUGUGCUCUGUGAGUGGCUGGCUCUGCGUAAGCCCCUCUCUGCCCUUGAUCUGUUCUGCUUGGUGAGAGCCUGUAUCUUUCAUAACAGGACACGUGUUACUGAUUUGUAUGUAUGCAUAGUUGUUUAUGAUUCACAACUUCAUGUAAGAUAUUCCGAUCAUUUGGAUGGGCCAGUUUUUAAAAUAACUUAU